AUCAUCGUCAUCACUAUGCACAAAAGUGCAAUAAGCUGGAAGAGGCCUCCAACUGACAAGUACCGUUGCUGAUAAACUUGAUACCAAAAGUUUCACAAGGCUCACACGUUUAGUGGUGUUCUGUCGGCGAUCUUAAAUGUGCACUAAGAACUUCCUGUUAAAAGGAAAGAGUUUUUUACUGGUGGAACCGAAGGAGAAAGUGACUUCCUUGUUUGAGCUGGAGGCUUACAAACUAAAUGUAAUGUUUUGGCACGUACAACUCCAUACCAAUAUGACAUUUUCUAUGAAAUUGUGCACCUCAACUCAGGUUUUUGAACAAAUUAAGUUCAAAUGAAGAAGAACAUGUUGGAAAAGCGUGUGUGAUCCUGUCGGCUUCUGUCAUAGGCUGAAGGGGUUGAGUAGCAAGUGCAACUGAACAUGAGUCACAGGGGACAAGAAAAUCAGGGGACGGGACUGAGAGACGUUUUUGACAUAAUAGUUAAAGCGCCUCCCGAGCGACUGCUAAGCCUGACAUUCCAGCUGGGCGAGUCUCCUGAAGAUAAUAUCAUACACGCCUUGUGUCUGAUCGUUCUCCAGAGAGAGGCGCGGGCCCUGAACAAACUCCAGACGCUGAGGGACAACUACCUUGCUAAGUAUCUGGCUGAAAAGUGGCAGACGAGUGGAGGUAAACUGGAAGAUUUUAGCGUUCAUUGUGGUCAUUUCCAAGAGUUAACAGAAGAAUCUUUGGCCGUGUUGGCUCGCAUUUAUAAAAUUUUGACAGAACAGAGGCUGUGUGAUCCGCACCUGAGAAAUCUGGCGUAUAAAAGAGCCCUUUCCAGUGACAACCAAAAAACAAGUCAAUGUGAGGAUCUGAAGUAUGAUCAACUCAGAGAGGAAGCUAAAGUGGUCUGUGGGCCUCAGUUUGCAGAGUGGAUGUUCUCCUCCACGGAUCUCAAGUCAGGGCAUGAUCCUCAUAGUGGCCUGAAUGAAGGAAACACAACUUUAAAAGUUUCUCUGUCCCAGGAUCAGUCCGAGAGAGCUCACAGUCUGCCCAGCCCACUGCAGGCGAGCUCCUCAGUGCCCUCAUACCCUUCUCAUCUCGAGAUAAGCAUACCUCCAACAGCCUCAUUUCAAGAGCACAAAAUAAUGACCCCAGAAACAUUAGAUAAAUCCAAACUAAUCGGCCCUGUCAUACCUGUGAGUGAGUGUGCAGCAAAAAAUACACCUGGGAAGUCUCAGACCUCUGAGGAGCCUCUUUUGUUAGGAGCAAAGAAACACUCAAAGAUGGAUGAAACAUUAGCCGCUGAGAGCAGUAAGUUGGUUAGUCUUAUCACUCAGAAUGAGACUCUAGACCAAACCACCAAACCAACCGCUGAACCAAAAUUUGCACUUCCCACUGCAACAAACAUUGUUCAACCCAAGAUGCGUGUUACAAAUGAAAUGCCUGAAAGUAUAGGAGCAGAAGGGGAAGAUGAGGCAAUAUUUUAUGCCUUUGUUAUCUUGCAUGCGCCAGAGGAUGCAGAUAUGGCCGAGAGCAUGAGAGAAAAACUGGAAAAGGUCAUUGAUGGUGAAGGUGCAACAUUCUCUGAGGACUUUGAGGUGCCUGGAAAGAGCACUCUGGUGUGUGUGGAGGAUGCUAUCAACAACUCAGCCUUUACUUUUCUGCUGCUUACCCGCAACUUCAACACUCGCAUGCUGGAGGUGAAGACAGACUUUGCCCUUCACAACUCCAUAAACAAGGCACACAAAUACAACACCGUCAUCCCUCUGUUGCCACGGGACAACCGCAUGCCCAGCCUCCCUGGGCUUUUGCAGAGAAUAGUUCCACUUGAGGAGAACGAGAACUUUGAGAGAAAAAUCAAAAAGGUAUUGUCUCCAGCAAAGAUUAAAAGACAGAGGACAAUCUGGACUGAGGAGCGGAAGUUGAAAAUGCAGAUGGAGAGACGAGAGAGACUAAAACGUUUAAACCAGCACCAAAAGCAGUUGAUCACAGAGUGUAAAACAGCACAGUUGUUGGAGAAAGAGAGCCAUAACCUUUUAAUGGAACAAGCACAUGUUUUCGGUGACAGUGUGCCUCCACAACAGGAAGGAGGUGCUUGGUUGCAACAACAACAUCCAAAUAUUCACAUUAAUAAUGCUAAUUACAUUGUGAUUGGCAAUAAUUCUCAGAUGGCUGUGGAUAGGGGUGGAGGUCCAGAUGAUUCAAUUUACAGAGAGGAGGGGCAAUAAACUAAAAUGACAGUUUAGAAAAAACCCAAAAAUGAUCAUGUUCUCUGAACACUAAAUUAUCACAGCUGAAAGAGUCACUGUGGGAGGGUAUUUACUGCAGCUUGUUCUACUGUAUUUACAACUGUUGGUGAGAGAAAUUUCAAUAAAACUGUCAAAAGAGCAA